AGCAGUGAGCCGUCGUCCUUGUAUUGAAGCCCCAAACUCAAAGAAAACAACUCGGCGAACAGUUUUCGAGCUGGCCAACUAAAAAUUGUUGCCUUAAAACUCAAUUAAUUAUAUAUACUUCAAGGUUUUCCAAACUUCAAUGACUGUUUCAGGACAAAUUACACAACAACUCAAAAACGUCAAGGCGGGAAAUGUCGAUAGUUUGAAAUUGGGCCUUUCAAAAAAAAUAUUAAAAGUUUCGCUCAUGUGAAAAUUGGGGCUCAACUGCAUUUUCAACAAAGAAAUUUGAGUUUACAAAACUAAUCGUGCUUGUAUCGCCCCCGCAUGAAGCCAACAACUUGCUAGCUUUAGCUUUAGCUUUAACUGUUGUUGUUUUGAACUGUUUACAUUUUGAAGUUGUUCGCACAUAAAUCACCAUAGUAGCCCCCCCACCCCAAAAAAAUGCUAGUUCUGUUUUUGACAGAGAAGUUGUUGUUGUUGUUCGAAUCUCGUGCAAGGGGCGCACACGCCUCCCCUCCUCUUGUUUGUGCCCUUAAUGAAUGAUUCCCAGAGGCGGCCAAUUGUUUGCGAGAUGUGGCAGCAGAUGAAGGGAUGAGAUUGGUGUAACUUUUAGAUGACCCCCCCCCCCCCACAACCCCUUGACAAAGACAGUCGCCAUCAAUUGUCCUCACUCUGCUUGUAUACCAGGGGGGGCUUCUUCUUUGUCGCUUUUCAACACCACAAGCGCAUCCGAGCUCGGUGGUGGAGGCUCGACUUAUGUUAUUUUAUUAUUAUUUUUUGUUGUUGUUGCACGUCUUCUUUUAGAGCAUAAUUCGAGAUAUCAAGUGGUUUUGUAAUCCCCGCGGUGGGACCUUUCAUUUCCAGGCGCGCAGCACGCAAAGCAGAUGUUUGAAGGUUUAUUUUUUUUUCCUCCAGGAGUCUAAUUAGGGGCAUAUUUUGGAGAGGAUGAAAUUGCUCUUUCCUCGUCUGUUUACCCGUGCGAGCAGCAGCGUCACCUCCAUUGGCCCGCACGGUCACAUGGUCCGCUAACUUUAUUCAGUUGACACCAAAAGUAGGAGGGCUUUAUGGAGGCAGGAAAAAAGACAACUGGAGAAAAAUUAGUAUUUUCUACCUUCGCAAAUUAAUGGCCAUGAGUUCGUAUAUGGUCAACUCCAAGUAUGUGGAUCCAAAAUUUCCUCCCUGCGAGGAAUAUUCGCAGAAUAACUACAUACCUGAGCGGGGCUCAGAUUACUUCAACCAGUCGCAGGACGCUGACUUUCAGCACCCUGCCAUUUACCCACGCGCGAACUACCCGGAGCAAGCGUUCGGCUGCAACGCAGUGCGGGAGUCUCCGCUGCAGCCGCGGGGUCACGUCCAAGACAGAGCCGGACAACCGAGUCCGUUCGGCGCGCGGACGGAGCCGGGCGAGUCGCUCCAAGCGGCCGGAGUCAGGCCGCGCGGUCAACAGGACGCCAAGAGUCCAAACGGAGUCCAAGCCAAGCAGCCCGCGGUGGUUUACCCCUGGAUGAAGAAAGUGCACGUCACCACGGUGAAUCCGGAUUACACAGGGUCCGAGCCCAAACGCUCGAGGACGGCUUACACGCGCCAGCAAGUUCUGGAGCUGGAGAAGGAGUUCCAUUUUAAUCGCUACCUGACCAGAAGGCGACGGAUCGAAAUCGCCCACACGCUUUGUCUGUCCGAGAGGCAGAUCAAAAUUUGGUUCCAGAACAGGAGGAUGAAGUGGAAGAAGGACCACAAACUGCCCAACACCAAAGGCAGGUCGGUGCCGACCCACGGCCACCUGCAAAGCCUCCACAAGGACAACAGCACUGACAUCACGUCCUUAUAAACCACAACAAAUUCACCUUCAUCUGACUUUUUUUUUUGCAUGGACUGAAAAUCGUUUUUUUUUAAUGUUACUCUUUUAUUUUUAUUUAACACCAAAAGUCAGUGUUGACCUGAGCCUGAGACGUUGAAAAAUAAACCAAUCAGUAUUUUCCCAGAGAGGUUCGACACACUUAGUGUAAAGAGGCGCCCAUAAAUUGAAGCAAACCUUUUUAAUUUUUUUUUGUAUUUUAUUUUGUUUUGUUUUUUCGGAGCGGUGGGGGGGGGGGUCAGUGGAUUUAAGAGCGUGGUCUCUCGUGGAUUCACGCUGGCUUCAAGUCUUAAAAGUAGCUUUAUUGAGCACGGAGAGGCUGUUCGUUCAAAAUUACACGCAGGCAAAAGAAAAAAAAAGAAAAAAUAAAGCUUCUCUCGCCAACGCACAAUUUACUUGAAGGAAAAAUCGCAAGCAGGAAAACAAAAUCUCCUUUUAUAUAUUUCGCUCUUCUUCGUUGCUUGUUUAACUUAUUUUGUAUAAAAAUAUUUUUUUUCUUCGUUCCUUGCAUACGAAUAGCCAUAAUUAUGCUUCCUUGUUCAUAUUUACCUCUGCGCCACGCCAGUUUCUUUUUGAAGCUGACGCCGAGUUCGUUUGAAACACUUGCGCAUAUUUAGCAGAAUUGUUGACUUUUUUUUUUAUUUAUUGGUCAUUAAAAAAGAUGUACAUUUUUUUUGCAUCGCGCGCGGACACGAUGAAGUGAAUUCUAUUCCUUCUUGUCAUCUUUUACAAAGGACACUAUUUGUGCAUGGCUUUACGUCGUCUUAGUUUAAUGUGAGAAUGUAUUUUGUCUUUAGUUACACAAAGGGGUGGAGGGUGUCGUGCCAGGUUUAAAAAAAAAAAGAUUUUUUUUCUCCCCCCCGGUUUUGUUUUAAACCCGUCAUUGUCCAAAAAACAAGAGAAGGCCCAGAAAGCUGUCCCAGCUCGUGGAGGUCUUGCCGGGGAGGUAUUUGAGACGAAGGUCGGUGGCAGGUUCAUCCAGGGGACACGCUCAAGCCGCGAGGGAUGACCCCGACACCCCCUGACCCGGCCGAACGAGCUGCAUUUUCUCCCUUUUCGCCGUCACAAACAACUCCGUGAAGCAUAUUCAAAGCGAGUCGAUGUGCGUGAUUUCUACAACGGAGUUCUUUCUACACCCCCCCCCCCCACGACCACCUCCAGAAAAAAAAAUACUCAGUUUCUGAUGUUCGGAUAGAUGCGUCAUUGUCAAUACGCAAUGUCUUUUACUGGUCUUAUUUUUGUACAUGCUUUCUAACCUUGUAUUUGUGCAUCGGGAUGUGAGAAGUAUAUUGGAAAACAAAUAAAGAUUUCUACUGAUUAUGCAUUUAAA